ACGACCAGUAACACUCUGUCACGUCUUCCGCCUUCAGCUGCGGAGAAAGAGAGAUAAAGGUUCACAGAAAUUCUCUCUCUUUCUCUAUCCUCUUCGUAUUCAUCUUCUCCCUUUUACUUUCCCAAAAUCAAGGGUUUCUCUCAUUUACCGAGUUGCAGGAUGGAUGGUAUGCACAGCUUUUGGCUGCUGGGUGAUGAACUUCGCGGGCAAUCAAGGGUGUCAGAGGAUCACAAAUGGCUGAUGGUUGCUUCAAAGCUAGCUGAGCAGACUAGAUCAAAGGGGGAGCGCAUGAAUAAUGUUGAUUUUUCAAAGGGAGCUGCUGAGAUGAGGCCAAGGGAUAGAUUCGGGUUUCAAGAAGAGAACAAAUUUGAAAGCUUCAACUUUAACAUGUUGAGCCUGGACUCUAAGGGACCGGAAAAUUUUAGCAAAAGCUCCUUUAGGAACAAUGUUUACAACAUAAAUGCUAAUGCCAUCUAUCAGAAGAGCAACACUAACAUUGUUGAAAACUUGCCUGUUAAUAAAUCUACCAUCAACAGCAACAAGGAUCCCAUUACUAAUAACAAUAACAACAAUGAAAGUGCAAGUGACAAAAGGUUCAAGACCCUGCCCGCUGCAGAGACACUUCCGAGGAAUGAGGUGCUUGGUGGAUACAUCUUUGUAUGCAACAAUGAUACCAUGCAAGAAAAUUUAAAGAGACAAUUAUUUGGUUUACCUCCAAGAUACAGGGACUCUGUUCGAGCUAUUACACCUGGUUUACCUUUGUUCUUGUACAACUACACAACACACCAGCUUCAUGGUAUAUUUGAGGCAUCUAGUUUUGGGGGUUCAAAUAUAGAUCCAACUGCAUGGGAGGAUAAGAAAUGCAAAGGUGAAUCAAGGUUUCCUGCACAGGUAAGCAUCCGCAUUAGAAAGCUUUGCAAAGCUCUGGAGGAAGAUGCUUUCAGGCCUGUCCUGCAUCACUAUGAUGGUCCAAAGUUUCGCCUUGAACUGUCCAUCUCAGAGACCCUGGAGCUGCUCGACCUGUGUGAACAGGCCGGAAUGUAAUUUGCUUUCAGUACAAUCUGUUUGUAGAUUAUACCAGCAUAUUGUAGACUUCACCUUGUAUCUGUAAUAUGGUGAGCCAAAUUUUCCGUGAAGCGCAAGCUUGGAAGAUGAGUUCUGGCUUGGGUUUGUAUGUGUAGAAGGGUUUAGGGAAGGUGUUCUAGUAAAAAUAAAUGUGUUUUUAAGCUGUGUGCGCGAGUAUAAAAUAUUGUAGGUUGUUAUGUUACAGAAGAGUGAUUCUAUCUUGUAUCUUCUUUGUCUAAAGGGGAAAAGUGUUUCUGUGUUGUACGGUGUUAUGUUUUUUAUGCUGUAUGCGCGUAUAUUCACUAUUUAUGUAUCUGUAUUUUGUGACUACUCUAUAUAUACUUGAUCUAUUAUUUUGUACUAA